UUCAAGCUGCUGCUGCUGGGCGUCGCGGGCAGCGGCAAAACGCAGCUGGGGCAUCUGCUCAGCGGCGAGGAGCGCGACGCAAACGACAUGGGCGCCACGAAUGGCGUUCGCUGCUAUCGAGUGAUGCAUCCGGAGGCGAGUCUGCUGCUGACUGAGGUGGGCGGCAGCGCGGAUAUGCAGCGCAUCUGGCAGCAUUACUUUGCCACCUGCCACGCGCUCGUCUAUUGCUUCGAUCUGAGCGCCAGCUACGAGCAGCUGUUGGCCAGCUUUGAGCUGCUGCGGCGCUGCCUGCAGCAUGCCACGCUGCGUGGCAAGCCCGUGCUGCUCGUCGCCACGCGGCACAGCGAUGCCGUGCAGCUGUACGAUGUGGAGAAUGCCUUCGAUCUCGAGCAGCUGAGCCGCUCCUCUGGCUGCCCCCUGCACAUCUGCCACAUGGCCGGCGAGGAGCUGCAAUUGGGCGUGGCCUGGCUGCGACGCCAGCUGCAGGAGCUGGCGCCAGCGCUAGAUCAGCGCAUCAAAUAUGAUGUUAAUAUGCAGUCGUGGGAGCGACGCAACCGCGCUCUGCUCUCUAACGGUAAACAGACUCAGCCGCAUCGGCAACGCUUUCGACGUCGCCAUAGAAAGCUGUGGCCCAUCCAAUUGGCCGGUGACGUCACGCAGCCGCGUCCAUCAACGGCGCCGGCAGCCAUUUUUUCAGUGCGCCCCCCAUGA